CACAGGCUGCUAGGCAGAAUGUCCACGGAUGAGCGGCACCUCACCUCCAGUUGUGGAUCUUUCAUCAAGACUGAGCCAUCCAGCCCUUCUUCCGGCAUUGACGCCAUUAGCCACCACAGUCCAAGUGGUUCUUCGGAUGCCAGUGGUGGUUACGGCAUCACUAUAGGGGGCCACCCCAAUGGCCUGGACUCACCGCCCAUGUUCAACAGUGCAGGGAUUGGUGGUGGGCCCUGCCGCAAGCGGUAUGAUGACUGCGCCAGUGCCAUCAUGGAAGACUCGCCCACCAAGUGCGAGUAUAUGCUCAAUGCCAUCCCCAAGAGGCUGUGUCUCGUGUGUGGGGACAUUGCAUCUGGAUAUCACUAUGGAGUGGCCUCCUGUGAAGCAUGCAAAGCCUUCUUCAAGCGAACAAUUCAAGGGAACAUUGAAUACAGCUGUCCAGCUACCAAUGAAUGUGAAAUCACAAAACGGAGACGCAAGUCCUGUCAGGCAUGUCGGUUUAUGAAAUGCCUCAAAGUGGGGAUGCUGAAAGAAGGGGUCCGCCUGGAUCGGGUCCGCGGGGGUCGCCAGAAGUACAAAAGACGACUGGACUCUGAGAGCAGCACUUACCUGAGCUUACAAAUUCCCCCUCCAGCCAAAAAGCCAUACCAGUGGUCUGAUCCAGCUGUGACGAAGAUUGUCUCCCACUUGCUGGUGGCGGAGCCAGAGAAGAUUUAUGCUAUGCCAGAUCCUACUAUGCCAGAGAGUGACAUAAAAGCACUGACCACACUCUGUGACUUGGCAGACAGAGAGCUGGUUGUGAUCAUUGGCUGGGCAAAGCACAUCCCAGGUUUUUCUAAUCUUUCCCUGGGGGACCAGAUGAGCCUGUUGCAGAGUGCCUGGAUGGAGAUCCUCAUCCUGGGUAUUGUGUACCGCUCAUUACCCUAUGAGGAUAAGCUGGUCUAUGCUGAAGAUUACAUCAUGGAUGAGGAACACUCUCGUUUGACGGGGCUGCUGGAGCUCUAUCUGGCCAUUCUGCAGCUGGUGCGCAGGUACAAGAAGCUGAAGGUGGAGAAGGAAGAAUUUGUCACGCUCAAGGCCCUGGCUCUUGCCAAUUCAGACUCAAUGCACAUAGAAGAUAUGGAGGCAGUGCAGAAGCUCCAGGACCUUCUCCACGAAGCUCUUCAGGACUACGAGCUCAGUCAACGUCACGAGGAGCCACGGCGCACAGGCAAGCUGCUGCUGACCCUGCCCCUCCUGAGGCAGACAGCUGCCAAGGCCGUGCAGCACUUCUACAGCAUCAAACUGCAGGGCAAGGUCCCCAUGCACAAACUCUUCCUAGAAAUGCUGGAGGCCAAGGUCUGA